CAAUACUCAGUAGUGUAGGAUACGCCGCCCGGGGCGAUCGUGGCGCCACCUGAUGUUGUUGCUGCGCGCGCAAAUAUGAAAAACAAUUUCGCGCGAUCAAAACCUAAAACAAAUAAAUUUAUAUUGUAAUGUUUACUUUGAUAACAAACUACUGUGCUGCCGUAACACGUACAAUCAUACGGACACGAUGAGCACAGGAAUUGGAUUUUUCUUACAACUAACCUAUCUGAGGUGUAUUUACUGCGACAUACGGCGCUGGCCACUGUGACUAUAGUUAAGUGAUGAACAAUAGAUCAUACCAAGAGAGUCACAAUGCUAGCGGACGACGGUAACCGAUUCAAUAUAACCAAUACGACGUAUGGCUCGAAUUUCUCUUACGACUUUUUGGACGACUUUAGAGUUUUUACGUUGCUUAAACACAGAGAGUACAAUCAAAGUGCGAGUAUCGGCGAUGUCCUAAAAGCAUUAGACGAUUGGAGGAAUAAAUAUAACAUUUCCAUUAUCAAAGAGUGUGACAGGUUGGAAUAUUGUAGCGGAGAGUUUAGAGAUUUGAUUCUUGCAUACAAUAAUAUACAUGGCUACGUCAGUCUAUUAGUCUGCCUUUUUGGAAGUCUAGCGAAUAUCCUGAAUGUGGCUGUUUUGACGAGACGAGAUUUAGCUGCCGCCCCUAUAAACCGAUUGCUCAAAUGGCUGGCCGUUGCUGAUGUGUUCGUCAUGAUAGAAUAUGUCCCAUUCGCAAUUUACAGAUAUUUGUUGCUACCAGGUCAAGAGGAUUGGCCGUACUCUUGGGCAGUGUAUAUGCUUUUUCAUAUGCACUUCACUCAAAUCCUGCACACUGCAUCUAUACUACUUACGUUGUCAUUAGCUGUUUGGCGGUAUAUAGCUAUCAAGUAUCCGUCGCAUAGUCCGGCUUUAUGUACGGAUCGCCGCUGUUCACUUGCAAUCUUGUCCAGCUUUGUGCUACCACCGAUACUCUGCAUACCUUCCUAUUUUGUUUUCACAAUCCACAAAGAUUUUACCAUCGACAAAAAUGGAAACAUACCAACUAAAGUGUAUUACGUUGACUCGGAUUAUGAUGGGACAUUGUAUCAGAUAAAUUUUUGGGUGCUCGCAGUGCUCAUAAAGUUGCUGCCAUGUUUUAUACUUACUGUGAUAAGUGCCUGGCUCAUCCGGGCCCUUUAUCGGGCGAAUACUAGGAAGAAAGCUCUUAAGGGUUACAGCGCGUGUCCAGCUGAAACGGUCGUCAAUGGUAACGGGAAUAUUUUCACGAGAAAAUCGACGAAACGUAGCAAAGCGGAGAGAAGAACGGACAGAACGACAAAAAUGUUGGUUGCCGUGCUACUUCUGUUCCUGAUGACGGAGUUCCCUCAAGGCAUAUUAGGUCUUCUCAGCGGGAUGCUGGGCCGUUGCUUCUUCAAACGUUGCUACAACUUAUUCGGCGAGCUGAUGGAUGCACUGGCACUGCUGAAUGGUGCCAUCAACUUCGUGCUCUACUGCUCUAUGUCCAGACAAUUUCGGACCACGUUCGGGCAGCUGAUACGCAACAGGUGUGCACCGGCGCCGCGCGCUAGUUCCCACACUGAAUUACAGACCACAUACGUUUGACUGAAGAAACGAUAUCAUAAUAGGAACAUGUUAUAAUAUUGAUUGUUAUUUAUUAUUAUUUAGCUGAAGCUUCACUGCGCUAUAUGCUUAAGUAAGUAGCUGCUAAUGAAAUCGAGAUAAAUGCAACUUUAUAUAAUGUUAAAGUAAACGAAGUUGAAUAACUGACUUCAAAAUGCUCUCAAUGCAUUAAAAGAUCAGACAAUCCCACCUGCGCGAAUGGUAUACUCUGGCGGUUACCAAUGAGGGAUGGCAGGUGAGAAUGAAAAGGCAGGUCAGUUAGCCUAUCGUGAUAAAUACACCUGGAAUUCAGCACAAUAUUUUCCAGGGAGGAUCACGUGGAGGCCGACCUGACAAGGUAUAUUCCUAACAAUGGGACUGGUAUUCCGUAUUACUAAUAAUCCCUCCCCCCCCAACGAUAACGUAUUAGGACUAAGAUUAAAUGUUUGAAAGUGCGGAUAUGUUUGAAGCAUGAGGUUUACUUGCAUAAUAAUUAUCUGUAAUCGCAUCUUUGUCCGUGUAGGUUAGAAUAAAGUGUUCUAUAUGUCAAUCCAUUAUAUGGCCCAUUUGUUAUUUAAAUGCUAAAUAUUACUUAAAUUCGAAGAUCGAGUGGUGUUGCUGAUACACUGGGCUAACUAAAGCCAAUGAACGAUUUUCGCACUUGGCGCAUCUUUGCCAGCAUUCGAAAAUUUGUUCUUAAGUGUUUGUUAUUUUGUCAACCAUUCGUUGAUUUUAUUGUAUAUGUAACAUAGCUCAAUGGGCUGAAAAGUCAGAUUUAUUUAAUGUUAACCACGGGCUACGGUUUGCGGCCGAAUGUUAACAAAGCUUCGUUGAUUAUUACUAAACCGUCCAUCUGAACCAACGAAUCCCAAAGAAACCCAUUUGUUGACCUUUCUUUGCCUAGUGUAUACGUAGAGUAAACAAAAGUUCAAACGUCUUUACAAACAUUUAUUUUUACGAGAAUAGAGUUCUCUUUUUCUUCCUAAAAACCUGUCUCCUUUCUCCCAUAUUUUACAUCAACGAUAGAUAGUAGACAAAUAAAAAAAAAAUAAGUUCAUCGACAUGAUAGAGAAUUCCAACAUAAUUUAUUUUUUGAUAAAAUAGAUUAUUUAUAAGUAUGAUUUAAUAGUACAAAACAUAAUGUUGCCCUUUAACCGCUUGAAGGAGUAAUCUCCAUCCUUCCAUUUUAGAAUUCAUAGUUCUCCAUAAUCUUCAGAAUUCUAAUUUCAUAAUUCAUUCUACGACUAUCUAUUCAUAUAAGUAGCAUUUGUGUAUAAUUUCAUGCUUCUAGACCCACCGGCUUAGGCUUAGUACUUAAUAAAUAGAUAUAAGGGGGUCGUAUGUAUUUGUUGAUUGUUCACCAUUCAUAUUAUAAUGUACCAUUAUAAUAUUCAAAUAUAAAGAAGAACGAAAUAAUGUACCAACUCUAAAUAGGUGAAUAUAUAAUUAACGUUGUUAUCGUUGUUGUAUUACAUACUUAUUUAUAUAAAAAAUAUAUACCUAAGUAAUGUUUACGUAAGAUGUAUAUCUAGAGAUAUCUAAUCAACAUUUUGUAUUUUUUUUAGAGAAUGUACAUAUUAUCUUAUUGUUCAAAGAGAUUUUAAGCUUUAGAGGAAUGUUAAUUAUAAUUAUAUGUAUUAAAAUUGUAUUUAGUAUAGACUUAAAAAUAAAGAAUUUAUAAAAUUUCAUAUUAAAUAAAAUGGGAUAUAAUAUGCAUUAUAUUCCUUAUGUAUUUUAAGUUUUACCAUUUCUUGACAAGAAUGUCUUGAAAAAAUUAAAUUCUGAUUAUUUUAUUACUCAGAAAAUUACUUAAUUAUUCUCUAAAAAAAUAAUGGGAGGUAUAAAGUACCCACUGAUAUUAUUGGUGAUUGUUAGCAUUUUGGAAUCAUGUCGUUUUUAAGAAAGUUGUAAAAUUGAUAUGAAUUCAAAAAACUUUUACAAUUAUUUUUAACCGGUUUAGCUUUUAUGAGGCUUACUGAAAAUAACCAAUUCACCAUUGCAGUAAUGCAGUACUGUGGAUUUCAAUUUACCUAGAGUAAGACUAAAAAUAUUUAAAAAUAAUUUAUGAAAGAAUACUUUCAAUUAUUUUUGUACUCAAUAUAUGUAGUUUACUCAUAAUAUAUAUAAAACCAUUUUUUAAAAUAGCUUUAAAUUUAGCAAAUCUAAAUAAUUUUAAUAGCUGUAGGUAGGUGCUUGAAGUUAUCUGCAGUAAACUUUAGAUGUAAACAACUAGAUUAAAAUUUACAUUCUUAGAUAUUUAUGUUUCUUACUUACUCUCUGUUUUACCCCUAUUAAAAAUGUAAAUGUGUGUGUUGGUUAUUUAUUACUCAGUCAUUUUAAAUUACCUGCACAGAUUUGAAUGCAAUUUACUAUAUCUUACACAUUAUAUCUUAAAUUAAUAUAUAGAUACUUUAUAAUAUAAUAAAAUCUAAAUUUCGGUUUAGAAACGGAUAGCUAAACAUCUGUUAAACUCUUGGGAAACAAACGGACGGAAACAUGGCAAGUUGAUUAUCAAGUUGUAAAGUCAAUUAAUGGUCAAAGUUUAAGGUUUGCGACAACUUGUUGAAUGAAUAAUUAGAGAUUAAGAAGAAGGAGUACCAAGUUUCAAUAACAAUAACUGCCAUACAAUUAUAACAAUCGCUUGGUCUUCAAGUUAUGAUCACCGUAUCUUUAACUAUCACUGCUGAACAUAAGCCUCCCCCUUGGGGGGUUUUGCCAAUAGUUGCCAUGCUUGACAGACGGAUUGACGACCGCAGUUAGGCUUUGAAGAUGUUUUAAGAAGGACACUGCCGCCCAUCACAGUACAGUACAGCAGCGUCCCUUUUAAAACAUCACCAAAAUCUUACUGCGGCUGACAAUCCGCCCGGCAACUACUAGCAAAAUCCCCCUUAUGGGGGGGGCUAUGUUCAACAGUGGACAGUUAAUGGCUGAAGUAAUAAUAAUAAAAACUAUAUUAAUCAAAGAUAGGGUCCAUAUGUGUACUAAAUAUUAUUAAUAUGAAUUUAGACAUUUAAAUGUAAGUAACAAACAUUUGCACAUUUUAUUAAUUCGAGAUUGUUUUGCUGGAAAACAUUUUCUCAUGCAUAAAAUUAAAUACUUCAUUAUGUUCCUUCUUUUUUCUUCACAAUUUUUCCUUUUCUUCGAUUUUGUCUUCGACUUGCUGAAAUAGAUAAUAAUAAUAGAUUAGAUUGUCUGAUUGAUUGGCUUUGUCAACUGUCUAAAUAAAUAAAUAUAAAUUCAGCGAGCGAAGCGUAAACUGUCUGUCACCAUACUGAGUUAUCGGCCGAAAUUAUCAAUCUCUAUGGAGCUCCAACAAUAUAUAGCAGUUAUUACUUUCCUCCCGGAUCGUUCUGACAUUUUUCCCGGCCAUAAAUUGCAGUCGCUGAAGGAAGGUCGACACGGACGAUAUAUAUUUGCAUAAAGUUGUUCUGUAUGGACAAUAUUGUACAAUUUUUUGUGGCAAUUGUUAUGUAAAUAUAGCCCUUGGUAUUGUAAUGCUUCAUUAUUAUUGAGUAAAGUAGUAAAUACUUAUGAAUUUCAAUGUAAACAAUUUUUCUGUUGAAAAAACAGAAACUUCGAACGUGAUGAUUUAAUAAUCUCAAUAUUUAUAUUUUAAAAGGAUUAAAAUGCACCUUUGAUCAAUGGCAUAUUAUGUGAGAUAUGCAAAUAUAGGUAUAUUAGAAACUGCUUAAAUAUCUUAUUUUACUAAUGUAAUAAAAUUGUAAGUAUAUGAUGAGGUUUCAAUAAGAGCAAUGAAACAAAUCAAUAUUUUUCCCGGUAUCAUGUUGAAUCUACUGCACUAAAUGAUAUGCAGCUUUCGUAGUUGUGUGCUUGAAAGUUUCACUUAUAAUUUUGAUGUACAUUUUGUCUUGAUAUGCCAUCUAGAAGUGACGACCUAUUGUAGGUAAAAGCCAGUAAAUUGUAUAAUAUUGAUAAGUAAUUAGUUGUAUAUCUAUACAACUUAUAUAAAUACAUUGUGUUAUUUAAUGUAUUCCCUUUCUAAUAUUACAGUAUGACUGGGAUUAGUUACAGAAGAUAUUAUUAUUUACAGUUUAAUCAAUAGAAACAACUUUUUUUACCGUCAUAUUUGAAACGGUUAAGUACAUAGUGCAUAGUAUUAUUACAAACAUAUCUAUGGUAUAGGAAUAAAACAUUACACAAUUAAAAAAAAAAAAGAGAACAGUGGAAAUUUCUUAAUGCGACUGUAUUUUUAUGUGCAUUUAGCAUCUUCGCCAUUUUGAUGUUUCCAAUAUAAAUAAUAAGUCGUCACGAUAUUGACGAAGUAACUGUUUUUCAUGGAACAAAAUCUUAAUUUAUGACUCUCAUUAUGGGGUGAGACCCAUGCCUAAUAUGGGCCAUUAAUGGGUUGUUAUAAUUUAUGGUAGGUAGUAUUUUUAUAUGUUGUAAAUAUAUAAUAAUACUUAUCGUGUAAUAUAUUAUAAGUACAUACUUAAAUAUUUAAUAGUUUUGUAAAGUGCAAGUAAAUACCUAUAAUGAAAUAUAUGUUUGAAUAUAAAAAGUAUUAAGUGUGAAAUAUGUAAUUAUAAUAAUUAUUUAUUGUUUAUAUAUAAUAAAUAAAUGAUGU